AUGGAGGAGUGGGAGUAUGUAGAAGGACACCAGGAUCGGUACAAGGAGGCCAUGAUGGAGGCUCCCCGGCCUCUGACAUCACCAGUUAAGAAGAGACGAGAAAAUUCCAAUAAGGACUCUGAGGAAAACUUCAUGUUAUCAGUAGAUUAUAAAGUAGAAGAUGAAGCUAUCAGGCCGCGCUCUUCAGGAGAAAACCUCAUAAAUGUAUCACUAGAUUAUAAAGUAGAAGAUGAAGAUAUCGGGCAGCGCUCUUCAGGAGAAAACCUCAUAAAUGUAUCACUAGAUUAUAAAGUAGAAGAUGAAGAUAUCGGGCAGCGCUCUUCAGGAGAAAACCUCAUAAAUGUAUCACUAGAUUAUAAAGUAGAAGCUGAAGAUAUCGGGCAGCGCUCUUCAGGAGAAAACCUCAUUGCCUAUAAUGUGCAUCCAGGACUUCACAGUACAGAUCUAUCAUAUGAGCUGCUCGAACACGAGGAACCUUCUGCUGACCAAUCACAGAUUGCAACCACAAGUACUGGCCAGAAAGAGGGUAAAAAAUAUCAGUGUGGGGAAUGUGGAAAACAGUUUACACAACGCUCAGGUCUUCAUAGCCACAGAAGAAUUCACACAGGAGAGAAGCCAUAUUCAUGUUCAAUAUGUGGAAAAUGUUUCGCAUAUAAAUCACUAGUUGUGAAGCAUGAGAGAAUACACACAGGAGAGAAGCCGUAUUCAUGCCCAGAAUGUGGGAAAUCUUUUACAAAUAAAUCAGAUCUCGUUAAACAUCACAGGCGUCACACAGGAGAGAAGCCAUAUUUAUGCAGAGAGUGUGAUAAAUGUUUUAUUACUAAAGACAUCCUCAAGGUUCAUCAGAGAAGUCACACAGGAGAGAAACCAUUUAAAUGUUCACUAUGUGGGAAAUGUUUUGCAGAUAAAUCCGGUUUUUCCAAACAUCAGCUAUAUCACACAGGAGAGAAACCAUUUUCAUGUUCAGAAUGUGGGAAGGGUUUUACAAUUAAAUCAGAUCUUGUUAUACAUGAGAGAAUUCACACAGGAGUGAAGCCAUAUGUAUGUAUGGAAUGUGGUAAAGGUUUUACAUGUAAAUCAGAUCUUAUUAAACAUGAGAGAACUCACACAGGAGAGAAGCCAUAUUCAUGUUUUAAAUGCGGGAAAAGUUUUAAAACUAUAUCAGAUCUUCGUAAACAUGAGAGGACUCACAUAGCAUAGCAGUAUUCAUCUUCAGAAUGUGAAAAAUGGUUUAUUACUAAAGACCAACUCAAACAACAUUCA